AAUAUGUCAGUGUCAGGCGUCAGCUGUUUUGUUUUGUACUUGCAUUUUGAAACAAAAAUUUUUGUUUUGAUUUCAUCAAUUUGUAUAAAAUAUUAAUUUUAAUUAAAUGAUUUAUUUUUAAUUAUUUAAUAUUAACAAAAUGCUACGAUGUAGUCGCAACAUUCCAAUAAUAUAUUCCAGAUAUCUUUCAAGUACAACUAAAAUAGUAAAAACACAAAAUUUACCGGGGCCCGCAUACAAACCAGAUUUCGUUGAAAAACGUAAAUAUGAACAAUGGGAAAGGAAAGGAUUAUUCACAGCAGAUACACAGAGCUCAAAACCACAUUUUAGUUUAGUACUGCCACCGCCGAAUGUUACUGGGAAACUGCAUUUAGGUCAUGCAUUAUCAUGCACAAUACAAGAUGUGCUGGUCAGGAGACAAAGGUCUUUAGGGGUGAAUGUGCUAUGGAUUCCAGGAAUGGACCAUGCUGGAAUAGCUACUCAGGGUGUUGUAGAAAAGUACCUAGAAUCUACGAAAAACAUCAAACGUCACAACUUGGGGCGCGAAAAUUUCAACAGGGAAGUUUGGAAAUGGAAGGAACUACAUGGCAACACCAUAUGCGAACAACUGCGAAUAUUGGGCAGUUCUUUAGACUGGUCUCGAGAGUUAUUCACAAUGGAUCCGUCCCACACUUAUGCUGUAAACAGUGCAUUUAUAAAUUUGUUCCAAAAGGGUUUAAUUUAUAGAAAAAAAGCUCUAGUCAAUUGGUGUAACGCAUUAAACUCAACAGUGUCAGAUAUUGAAGUGGAUAAUUUGCACAUAAAUGGUCCGACAGAAUUAAUGUUGCCAGGCUAUGAUAAGCCGCUGACUUUUGGGCAAAUUUACGAUUUUGCAUAUAAAGUACAUGGGAGCAAUGAAGAGAUUGUUGUUUCGACGACAAUGCCCGAGACAAUGCUGGGUGAUACAGCGGUAGCAGUCCACCCAGAGGAUAACAGAUACAAACACUUAAGAGGGAAAACGGUACUCCACCCAUUCAGAAGGAUCGGAAUACCUAUUAUAUUCGAUGAAUUUGUCGACAUGACAUUUGGCACCGGAGCUGUGAAAAUAACACCAGCGCACAGCAAAGUUGACUUCGAAGUGGGGAAACGUCACAACUUACCAUUGUUACAAAUUUUAAGUGAAAAUGGUUUGAUGCAAAAUUCGGGACACUUCAACAACAUGAAAAGAUAUGAUUGUAGGGGGAUUCUACUUCAAGAAAUGAACGAUAUGGGUAUCCUAAAAUCAGUGAAACCUCAUCCAAUGACACUGCCAAUAUGCAGUCGCACGGGAGAUGUUAUCGAUCAUAUACCAAAGGAACAAUGGUUCUUGUCUUGUAAAGAAUUGAACAAAAGAGCAGCACAAGUGGUAAUAGAGAAACAAUUGAAGAUAGAACCGGAAAAUUUUAUAAGAAACUGGUUAAAUUGGACAAGCGACGAUAGAGAUUGGUGUAUAUCGAGGCAGCUAUGGUGGGGUCAUCAAAUACCGGCAUACAAAUGCUGUGCAAACAAUAACAUAGUUUGGGUAGCUGCUUUAGACGAGCGGUCCGCUAUAAUGCAGGCUUCUAGCUAUCUCAGAAGUCUUCCUGAAAACAUUACCGUUGAAAGAGAUACGGACGUUCUCGAUACUUGGUUCUCUUCGGGAAUUUAUCCAUUUGCAUGUUUAGGUUGGCCGGACCAUCAUUACAAUGAUGCUUAUAGUAAAUUCUACCCAUUAAGUUUGAUGGUCACUGGUCAUGAUAUACUCGGUUUUUGGGUGCACAGAAUGGUUAUGUUGGGAUUAGAAUUAACUGGAAAGUUGCCGUUUCACGAUGUAUUGUUGCACGGAAUUAUUUGCGAUACCAAAGGAGCAAAGAUGUCCAAAAGCCGAGGAAACGUUAUAGACCCGAUCGAUGUUAUCAACGGAAUAACGAUGGAAGGUCUGAAAAAUAAGGCUUGGAACAUGCAUACAAAUGGCAUACUGAACAAAGACGAACUAAACAAAGCCGUCGCUUAUCAUAAGUCUAAUUUCUUGAACACUAACGGCAUCCCAGAAUGCGGAGUAGACGCAUUACGCUUCACUCUCUUAUCCCAGGAUAUAAAGUCACAUUUCGUAAGUUUCGACGUCAGCCAGUGCCACGCGAACAAACUGUUUUGCAACAAAAUCUGGCAAAGCAUCAAAUACAUGCAAAUAUCUUACGGCAAAUUGGUAAACGUUAACGAUGAAAUCACCAUCAACGACCUGACAUAUUUCGAUAGGUGGAUUUUAAGUAGAUUGUCAGACAUGGUUGAUAAGGUUAAUACUUCCAUCGAUGCAUAUGACUUCCAUAUUGCAACGAAAGCUUUAAGAACGUUGAUAUACAACGAAUUUUGUGAUGUUUACUUAGAAGCGACGAAACCCGGUUUCGAUAGUGACAAUCCUAAAACCGGAUAUGCGCACGCGCAUACAUUAUCAGCAGUUUUGAACGUUUCACUACGAUGCCUGGCUCCAUUCAUGAUUUACCUUACAGAUGAACUGAUUCCAAAAAUACCCGCACUAGAACAAAACAUUAUACACAAUUUUGGCGACCUCGAAAACGAUUAUUUCGACUUCCCAAAAACAGAAGAUUUUAUUAUUUGGAAAAACGACGAUAUGGAAAUGAAAAUAAACAACAUACUCAACACUGUCAAUCUUAUACGAGAAGUCAAAGGCUUAUACAACAUGCCCAAUAAAUUGAAACCAACAGUUUACGUUAAAACUAAAAAUGUACCGCUGAUGGAAGACAUUGCAAAUAACAGGAAAAUAGUACAACAUUUAUGUAAAUUAGGAGACAUAGUUUUUAAUCAGAAACCAAAUGUAAAUUGCGCCAAUGUUAUAUUAGAUGAAAACUGUGAAAUAAGCGUCGAAAUUGUAAGCGAUGAUAUGGAGAACACAAUAUUAUCUGCACGAGAGAAAUUAAGGAAGAGAUUGCAAAAAAUGGAACAAAGUCUCAUGCAAUUUGAAAGUAAAAUAUCCAGCGUUAAUUAUAUCAACAAAGCUCCAGAGUGGACGCAAAUUUUAGACAGAGAAAAGCUCUAUUUAAAAAAAGAAGAGCUCAAAAGAUUGCAAAGACUGAUUUAGGUUAAGAUUAUUAAAAAAAUAUAGUAAUGUGUCGUAAGGUAAAAUAAAAUGAUAAAAGAAAAUGUAAUAUAAUAGAAUAUAUGUAACAAUUGAAU